ACGAGGGCGGACCUUUUGGUUUGAUCCGCCGGUGGAAGGAGAAGAGUGCUGCAAAAGAUCAAGUAAAUUUUUGGAGCCUUGCCAUCUCUUGGACCGGCUUGCUGUUGAGGGGGACCUGCAAAGUGCAUGCAGUGUUGUGCAGGGUGACCAUGUGGUCUCUGUUCGUUGCUUUAGUCCUGUGUUGUGAACUCCUCAAGCCAGCGCUAGGGCUACGAACACAGAACCACGACCGAGAGGACUUGUUGCGGGGCCUGAGCAGGUAUGAGAUCGUGGUGCCGGCCCGAGUGGACGACAAUGGCGACCCGUACCCCCACACGCACCAUUUUAGGAAGCGGAGUGCCGACGCUGUGUCGGGCGGUUGGAGUACCUCGGGCCCGGAUAGGACAGCGUACACACUGCAAGCUUUCGGGGAAAAGUUCCACCUCAACCUCACAGCGGAUGCCGGCUUUCUCGCGCCGACUUUUUCCGUGUACCACUUGGGAAGUCCUGAGUAUGACCCAGAAAACGAUACCCACCUUCAGCACUGUUACUACACAGGACGCGUCAAUUCCCACCCGGAGUCUUCCGUAGCUGUCAGUGUCUGUUCAGGACUCCUAGGAGCAUUCAGGACCCAAAGCUCGGAAUAUUUUAUUGAACCCCUAAACAACCGCGAUCAUGACGAUGACAGUGGGCACAGCAAACCUCAUGUUGUAUACAGAAGAGACCAUGUCAAACUACACAACAGUGGAGGAUCCCCAUGUGGACUACAGGAUGAUGACAAAGGCAACAAACAUAACGACACAAAGAAAGAAUCAGACGACGUACACAACAGAAGAUUUUCCAGUAUUAUCGACGACUUGAACAGAAUACACCGGGACGUCCAGAACCACACAGAGCUGCACAGAAGAAGAAAACGAUUUCUCUCGUACCCGAGACACGUAGAAGUCAUGGUCGUAGCCGACCACAAAAUGGCGAAAUAUCACGGCUCGGGACUACGCCAUUACAUUCUUGCCCUCAUGUCCAUAGUGGCCUCCAUAUACAGGGACCCAAGUAUCAACAACUUUGUGAAUAUUAUUGUUGUCAAGCUGGUUAUUAUUAACAAUGUACAGGAAGGACCUUCGAUAUCUGCUAACGCGGCGGCAACUCUGCAGAACUUCUGCGUGUGGCAGCAGACUCAGAACGUGUUGGACGACAGCCACCCCAACCACCACGACACCGCAAUACUCAUCACAAGACAGGACAUCUGCCGAUCAUCCCGAAAAUGUGACACCUUAGGCCUGGCGGAGUUGGGAACGAUGUGCGACCCCUUCCGGAGUUGCUCUAUCAACGAAGACAACGGACUCAGUGCCGCGUUUACCGUCGCUCAUGAGCUUGGCCAUGUGUAA